AGCAGCAGCCCCGCCUCGCCACGCUAACCGCUGGCUGCUUCACCUCCAGCACAACCCACAUCUGGUUGUAUCACACACACACACACACACACACAACACUGCUGCCGCUCCGUCCGGUACACUGCGGCAUGCUCACAUUCACACCGGGACACACACAAAGUGGAUUUACUCCGGAGGGGCACCAUGUCUGAGGUGCGAAAAUUCACAAAGAGGUUAAGCAAACCGGGGACGGCCGCGGAAGUGAGACAGAGCGUGUCGGAGGCUGUGAGGAGCACCGUGGACCUGGUGGAGCAGCCAAAGAUCAUUGAACCUCUGGACUAUGAGGCUGUGGUGUUUCAGAGAAAGGCACAAAUCCACAGUGACCCCCACAGAGACCUGCUGCUGUGCCCGGUCGACGAUGUCUCGGAGUCCCAGAUCUCCCGGCAGAGGAGGACCGUUGUUCCCUCUGUGCCUCAGAACGCUGAGCGAGAAGCCAGGAGUCUGUUUGCCAAAGAGUGCAUCAAGAUGUACAACACCGACUGGCAUGUGAUCAACUUCAAAUACGAGGCUUACUCUGGUGACUUCCGCAUGCUGCCAAGCAAAGGCCUGAAGUCGGACAAGCUGCCUGCUCAUGUGUUUGAGAUCGAUGAAGACGCCAAAGAUGAGGACUCAGCAUCUCUGUGCUCCCAGAGGGGAGGAAUCAUGAAGCAGGGCUGGCUCCAGAAAGCCAACAUCAACAGCAGCCUGUCUGUCUCCAUGAGGGUGUUCAAAAGGAGGUACUUCUACCUGUCUCAGCUCCCCGACGGCUCCUACAUCCUCAACUCCUACAAGGAUGAGAAGAACUGCAAGGACACCAAAGGAUCCAUCUACCUGGACUCGUGCAUAGAUGUUGUGCAGAGCCCAAAGAUGCGACGUAAUGGCUUCGAGCUGAAGAUGCAAGACCGCUACAGCCACUUCCUGGCUGCAGACAGCGAAGCAGAGAUGGAGGAGUGGGUGGUCACGCUGAAGCAGGCUCUGCAGAGCAGCGUCGAGACCGCCAGUCAGGACCGGAGGAACGGAGCCGAGACGCUGGAAUGUUCCCUGGACGACGACACCACAAGCCAAGGUAAAGGGGAGAGCCUGCUGGAGAGCAUGGGGAGGAGCUUACAACCGGAACUCAUGAAGUUUGCCAGGGAGACGGACCAGCUCAAUAAGCUCAACAGGAAUGAGGGCAGGCAGAAGCUUUUCUCUCUGGAUCCUGAGACUCAGCGUCUGGACUUCUCAGGCAUCGAGCCGGACGUGAAGCCGUUUGAGGAGCGGUUUGGCCGCCGUAUCGUCGUCAGCUGCCACGACUUGACCUUCAGUCUCCAGGGCUGUGUUAGUGAGAAGGGUGACAGCGUCCUCACAAAUGUGGAACCCUUCUUCAUCAGCCUGGCUCUCUUCGACGUUUCAAAGAGCUGCAAAAUCUCAGCCGAUUUCCACGUCGACCUGAACCCGGCCUGCGUCAGGGAGAUGCUGACGGACACCUCGGGCCAGCACUCUCCUUCGUCGGACUCAGAAGGAGGAGGAGGAGGAGGAGGAGGAGGAGGAGGGGGAGGAGUCAUGGUGAACGGAGACUCAGGGAAAGGGAACGGCCUGCCGGUUCUUCAGAGGGUGUCGGAGGCUCUGCUGCGAUUCCCCACACAGGGUAUCUUUUCAGUGACCAACCCCCACGCUGAUAUCUUCCUGGUAGCCCGUGUCGAGAAGGUGUUACAGAACGGCAUCACUCACUGUGCCGAGCCGUACAUCAAGACCUCCGACACCAACAAGACCGCCCAGAAGGUGCUCAAAGCUGCCAAGCAGACAUGCCAACGCUUGGGCCAGUACAGGAUGCCGUUUGCCUGGGCUGCCAAGCAAGUGUUCAAAGACGCUCAGGGCAGCCUCGACAUGGACGGGAAGUUUUCUCCUCUCUACCGCCAGGAUAGCAGCAAAAUCUCCACUGAUGACAUCAUCAAGCUGCUGGCUGACAUCAGGAAACCUGAGAAGAGUAAACUUCAGACCAUCCCCGGACAACUGAACGUCACCAUCGAAUGUGUCCCCCCUGACUUCUCAAAUACGGUGACCUCCUCGUACAUUCCCGUCAAGCCCUUCGAGGAUGGCUGUGAGCGGGUGUCAGUGGAGGUCGAGGAGUUUCUCCCCGAGGAGGCAAAGUACAACUACCCCUUCACCACCUACAAGAACCAGCUGUACGUCUACCCCCAGCUGCUGAAAUACGACAACCAGAAGAGCUUCACCAAGGCUAGAAACAUCGCAGUCUGCAUCCAGUUCAGAGAUUCAGAUGAAGAGGGUACAGCCCCUUUAAAGUGCAUCUACGGCAAGCCAGGAGACUCACUCUUCACCAACAGCACCUACGCAGCCGUCCUGCACCACAAUCAGAGCCCGGAGUUCUACGACGAGGUGAAGAUUGAGCUGCCGGUCCACGUGCAUGACAAACACCACAUCCUCUUCACUUUCUACCACAUCAGCUGUGAGUCCAGCAGUAAGGCCAGCAGCAAGAAGAGAGAGGGAGUCGAGUCACUAGUGGGUUACUCCUGGAUGCCUCUGCUUAAAGAAGGGAGGAUGCAAUCAGCUGAGCUCCAGCUGCCUGUAGCAGCCACCCUGCCUCCUGGAUAUCUGUGUCAGGACACCAAGAAGUCCCAGCCAGAUGUCAAGUGGGUGGAAAAUGCAAAGACGCUGUUCAAACUGAGGAUCCAUGUAGCAUCAACAAUAUACGCUCAGGAUCUGCAUCUUCACAAAUUCUUCCAGCACUGCCAGCUGAUGAGGACGACAUCAGAGGGCAACCAGGCAGAACUGGUCAAAUACCUGAAGUGCCUGCAUGCCAUGGAGACUCAUGUGAUCGUUAACUUCCUGCCUGUGGUGCUGAUGCAGCUGUUCGAGGUGCUCACAGCAGCGGCCAAAGAAGCCCAUGAGAUCGCUGUCAACUCUCUGCGAGUGAUCAUACAUAUAGUCUCCAGGUGUCAUGAGGAGGGUCUGGAACACUACUUGCGCUCUUUUGUGAAGUACGUGUUUGUGACCAACAACCCUACAUCAGGAAACUCAGCGACCACUCACGAGGUGCUGGCCACCGCUGUGACGGCCACGCUCAAGCAAACCGCCGAUUUCAACACCAGCAACAAACUGCUCAAGUACUCCUGGUUCUUCUGUGAAAUCAUGGCCAAAUCCAUGGCCCAGUACCUGCAAGAGGGCAACCGCAUGAAGAUGCCUCGGGCCCAGCGCUUCCCCGACAGUUUCCACCAGGCGCUCCAGUCCCUGGUGUUGUCCAUCAUGCCACACAUCACCAUCCGCCACAUGGAGAUCCAAGAGGAGGCUCGCUGCAUCAACCUGAGUCUGGCUAAUUUCAUCAAGAGGUGCCUGACCUUCAUGAACAGGGGCUUCGCCUUCGGUCUGGUCAACCACUACAUGUGUCAUUUUGGUCUCAAAGAUCCCAAGGUUCUGAAUGAAAUGAAAUUUGAGUUCUUGAUGGCCAUGUGCAACCACGAGCACUUCAUCCCUCUGAACCUGCCCAUGGCAUUUGGGCGCACCAAGCUGCAGAGGGUACAAGAUUUUAUUCCGUAUGCGUCGGAGCUUUUUGGCCCUGUAGAGCAGAGUCUGGAGUUCAGCUUGACGGAGGAUUAUUGCCGUAACCACUUCCUGGUGGGUCUGCUGCUGAGAGAAGUGGCUGAGGCUUUGCAGCAAGGGCCCGAGGUCAGACAGCUGGCUGUGAGCGUUCUCAAGAACCUUCUCAUCAAACACGCCAUGGACGACCGCUACAUGGCGUUCAAGAACCAGCAGGCCAGGAUCUGUUUGCUCUACCUGCCACUCUUUGAGCUCCUCUACCAGAACCUGAAGCAGCUGUCUGCCCAGCCACACACCUCCAGCCCCGGGCUCGGCUUAAAUGGCUCCAGAGAUGACCUGAUAUCAACCAGUUCAGUGGACAGCAGGAGAAUCAGCACGGUGAUGGAGAGAGACCACGGUCUGCCAGCUCAGAAUGGCCAUGUGAGGAGAGAGGACUCCAGAUGUUCAUUAUUCAUGGACUCGGGAACACCAGACAGCAUCGAGCUGCAGAGACGUUGCUCCACCAUGAGCAGCAGCCCCAUGCCUCCCACCGGCAGACUGGGACACUAUGAGAUCAAAGGCCUCCUGCUGUCCUCCCUGCACAUCGUCAAGACCUUGUCAGAGGAUACGCUCAAUGCCUACUGGAGCAAAGUCAGCCCUCAAGACAUCAUGAACUUCCUCAGUUUUCUCGAGAUCUGUCUGGUUCAGCUUCGUUACAUCGGAAAAAGAAACAUAGGCCGGAGUCAGGAUGUGUGCACGACCAAGCUGUUCUCCUCAGACAGAAAGUCUCAGACGAUGCCGGUGAUGCGCUGCAACCGGGCCAGCUUCAUGCAGACCAAGAUGCACCAGUUCAGCACCAUGGAAACCUCUCUCACUCUCAAUAUAGGGGCGGGGCCAUCAGAAGCGGAAAUUCACCAUCAGGCUCUACUGGAGGGCAACAUCUCUACAGAGGUCUGCCUCAGUGUCCUGGAUGUCCUCUCUCUUUUCACUCAGUGUUUUAAGACCCAGCUGCUGGACAGCGACGGUCACAAUCCUUUAAUGAAGAAGGUCUUUGAGGUCUACCUGACCUUUCUUAAAGUCGGCCAAUCAGAAGCCGCCCUCAGGCACGUCUUCUCCGCGCUCCGGGCAUUCAUAAACAAGUUCCCGUCGGUGCUGUUCAAAGGCCGAGUGACGCUCUGCGAGGCUCUGUGCUGCGAGGUGCUCAAGUGCUGCGUCUCCAAGCUGGGAUCUCUGAGGGCCGAGGCGUCGGCGCUGCUCUACCUGCUGAUGAGGAACAACUACGAGUACACCAAGAGGAAGACCUUUUUGCGCACACAUCUGCAGAUCAUCAUCGCUGUGAGCCAGCUGAUCUCCGACGUGGCGCUGACCGGCAGCUCGCGCUUCCAGGAGUCUCUCUCCAUCAUCAACAACUUUGCAAACAGUGACAAGGCCAUGAAGUCGACGGGGUUCCCUUCUGAGGUGAAGGGUCUGACCAAGCGGAUCCGCACAGUGCUCAUGGCCACAGCCCAGAUGAGGGAGCAUGAGAAGGACCCCGAGAUGCUGCUGGACCUCCAGUACAGCCUGGCCCGGUCCUAUGCCAGCACCCCGGAGCUGAGACGGACGUGGCUGGACAGCAUGGCGCGAGCACACCUGAAGAACGGAGAUCUCUCUGAGGCGGCCAUGUGCUACGUCCAUGUGGCUGCACUCGUUGCAGAAUACCUGUACAGGAAAAAGUUGUUCCCCAGCGGCCUCGCUGCUUUUAAGAAGAUCACAUUGAACAUCGAAGAGGAAGCGGCCAUGAAGGAAGACACGGGGAUGCAGGACGUGUACUACACUGAGGAGGUCUUGGUAGAACACCUGGAGGUCUGUGUGGAGGCGCUGUGGAAAGCCGAACGCUAUGAGCUCAUCACGCACAUCGCCAAACUCAUUAUCCCCAUCUAUGAGAAGCGCCACGAGUACGAGAAACUGAGCCGCCUGUACGACACUCUGCACAGAGCCUACAAUAAGAUCAUGGAGGUGAUACAGUCGGGCCGCAGGCUGCUGGGGACGUACUUCAGGGUGGCCUUUUAUGGACAGGGCUUCUUCGAGGAAGAGGACGGGAAGGAGUACAUCUACAAAGAGCCAAAACUCACCGGCCUGUCGGAGAUCUCUCAGCGGCUGCUGACGCUCUACGGGGAAAAGUUUGGGCCGGAAAACGUCCGAAUAAUCCAGGAUUCAAACAAGGUUAUCACCAAAGACCUGGACCCCAAGUUUGCCUACGUCCAGGUGACGUUCGUCAAGUCUUACUUCGAGGAGAAAGAGGCGCCCGAGAAGAAGACAGACUUCGAGAAGUGCCACAACAUCAACCGCUUCGUGUUCGAGACGCCGUACACGCUGUCGGGCAAAAAGCACGGCGGGGUGGAGGAACAGUGCAAGAGGAGGAGUGUGCUGACAACUGCAAACACCUUCCCAUACGUGAAGAAGCGUGUGGAGGUGGUGGGGGAGAAGCAAGUGGAGCUGAAGCCGGUGGACGUCGCCAUAGAUGAGAUGAAGGCGCGGACGGCAGAGCUCACCAAACUGUGCUCCAGCCAGGAGGUGGACAUGAUCCAGCUGCAGCUCAAACUGCAGGGCUGCGUCUCUGUGCAGGUGAAUGCAGGUCCCAUGGCAUAUGCCAGAGCAUUCCUGGAUGACAGUAAAUCCAACCAGUCCGGCAACAAGAAAGUCAAAGACCUGAAGGACAUCUUCAGGCGUUUUGUCCAGGCUUGCAGCAUGGCUCUGGACAUAAAUGAGCGUCUGAUCAAAGAGGACCAGUUUGAAUACCACGAGGGCCUGAAGGCCAACUUCAAAGAAAUGGUAAAGGAGCUGUCAGACAUCAUUCACGAACAGAUCUACCAGGAGGACAUGAUGCGUUCGCUUUUGCAGAACUCCCUCCACGUUUUCAGUGCAAUCAGCGGGACAUCCACCAACCUGGGCUGACCCCCCGCUGACCCCCUGGAUUCUGGAUAAUGACAGAACCAUUCUUUUAUGUUUGUUCUGUCUGGCACCACCCAUCGUCCCCUGGUGAACACGCCUUAUCCUUCAAAGUCUUUGCUUGUUUUUCAUUGGACGAUAGAUAACAUACUCCGACCACAGCAGCAGUAUUUCUGAGAAUGUAUCGCAGCAACACCAACCUAGUGCCAUUUUCACACGUGCAAUCCUGAACAUUUCUCGAACAUUUCAGGAAAAAGCGCUCCCUGAAAUGUUCACAUAAUGUCUCUUACAGCGAUUGUGUGUCACCUAGAUAGAGUCCAACACUCUGAUGACAGUUUUUUCUUCCUUCCUUCCAUAUCAAAGUUUGAAUUUUGGGUACUGUGACAACAACUAAAACGUACAGUAUGAAGCAGUUUCAUUACGUGCAGGAUAUAAACAUCUCCCCCUCCCACUUUCCCUGAACUGUUCCUGCUGUGUUCACACAUCCUCCCGGACUUCUUGCAGAAAGUUUUCUGAAGGGGCCGGCGGGAAAAAGACAGAGUGAAAAACUCUGCUCUUUGUGUUUACGGCUCUCUGGACAUGUCCAGAAGUUGUUUUUUUUGCACGUGUGAAUUGGGCUUAAAGGUAAGCAUGUCAGGUGAAGGUGAGAUGUUGAGUCAUGUUAGGUUGUAUUGCACUUUUUCUUUCUUCCUUUGCAAUGAACUACAGCAUCGUCUGUUGUCUGCUGAGUGGGAGACACUUGACGAAAAAGCAAUUUAUUAUUCCUCAAGCUGUUCUAGCUCUGCAAAGUCUCCCUUCAGAUCUAUGCAGGGACCUUCACUCCCCCUCGACUGAACAGAUAUCACAUGUGUCAACCAGUAAGAGAAAUAAACAGUUUCGCGUGCCACUAUGUUUUAUUUGGUGCAGGAUUUACUUGCAGGAAUUUAACUAGUUCUUACAAGGCAAUCAAAUAAAGAACAAAGCCAAGGGUGAGAGUUUAUUGCAGGCUGCCUGGCAGGUGAAUAGUUUGUGAUUAAACCAGUCAAGUAGGAGCCUUUAGCAAGAGGCAAGGCCAAAGUUACUUCCCUGUUUGUUUAGUGACAAAAAGCCUCGUCAGGCUGUUAAGACAAAACAGAACUCAGGGCUGUAUUAAAGCUGCUCUUAAGAUGGGUUUGUUUAGAAUGGGUUAAUGGAUCUGAUAACAGUGUUCCAGAGGUAGUCAAUCAUGUCAAAAGUAUUAUGAUGAUAAAUUCUAUUAAAGCUGGCUAACAAUCAUUGAAACAGUUUUUUCUCUGUGGGCUCAUCACAGCAGUUUACUUCAGUACAGCGAGCGAGUGGAGAGUUCCUCUCUUGUGGGUUAAGAUCCAGUGCCUUUCUGCUCUGCCUCCUGAAGAGACUCUUGAGUAACAACAUCACAUGCAGGUCACUCACAGUAUUUCACAAGUGCUACACUGUAAUAAACAGUUAGAUUGAAUGAUAUUUAAAGCUAGUGUACAUAAUGUGUCGUCCAUGCUGUAAAGAGAAUUCUGUAUCCUUGUAUGUUUGUAUGUAUGUAUUUAUAUUUGAAUCAUGUUGGACUCACUUCAGUCCAAACUGUCCUAGCAGAGUUUUUUUUUUUUAAUUGCAUUCUAUACAGAAGUGCAGCUGCUUGUCAAACUUAAUUUGUAAAGCCAUUUUUCAAUAAAACCUGGAAAAAAUAUA